AUGGAUCCCCUCUCAGUAGCCGGCAGCGUUGCAGGGCUGGUUAGUUUGGCGGAUGUGGUAUUCCGAACAGCAGCAAAGUAUCGAAAAGAGGUGAAGGGCUCUCAGAAAGAAGUAGGCGAUCUUCUAAAUGAGGUCAAGAAUACCUCUCUUCUCCUCCACAAUUUGUCUCUCAUAGCCUACGACCUGGAGAGCGGCGCCGUCCCUGGCCAGACCAGAGGCCCGAAUCUCAAGCUAGAGCAUCUUAAUGAUUGUCGAAAUCUUCUACGCCGACUUGAGAGCGGACUGACUGGGGCGAAAGAAGGGUUUGAGCUGCCCUCGCGUCUCGACAGGCUGCAGGCUCGUUUAAGAUGGCCCUUCUCUGCUUCAGAAAUGAAGGAAAUGAUUGAGUCAUUACGAAAUCAACAGAGAUUUAUAAAUACAUCUCUCACGGCAGAUUCAAUCACGCAACUCGCAGCAUGUCUUUCUCAGCAACAGGAUACAGCGGGACGAGUCAAAGAGCUUCAAGCCACAACGAGCCAGAUCCUCGAUGUCCAGACAAAAAUUCAACUUGAUGAACGUAGGGAUCGCGUCCUUGAGUUUUUUCUUAUGGCAAACCCUCAGUCGGAAUUUGAAAUGAGUAAAAAGCUGCGACAUCCACUUACUGGCUUGUGGCUCACAGAAGGGGAGGAUUUCCACCGCUGGUAUAACGAUCCUGGGGCGAAGAUAUGGCUCAACGGUAUCCCGGGAGCGGGAAAAUCGGUGAUAGCAGGGGCGAUCACUACCGAGUGUUUUCUUCAAAAUCAAUCAAACCCUGGACGCGCUGUUGCAUACUUUUAUUGCACUUAUCGAGAUCCGGGAACUUUCUCAGCGUCGAAUAUCCUGUCAUGUGUUGCUGCACAACUUGCCCGACAAGACGAGAAGGCAUACGCAUUGUUAGAGACGUAUUACAACGGGUUACGUUUGGGGGACUCUCUUCCAAAGGAUCCAACUACCAAGGGUCUGCGGGAAGUUCUGAGCACCAUGUCUACACUCUUCAACCGGGUGUAUAUUAUUAUUGAUGGGCUUGAUGAAUGCGACAACGAAGUUGAGGAAAAUAUCCAAUGCCUCCUCACACUUGCAGGGAAUAGCAACAUUAAGAAACAAGUCAACAUAGCUCUCUUAAGCAGAGAUGAGGUCUUCAUUCGAGAAAAUCUCGAAGUUGAGUUCAAUGUUAUCGAAAUAGAAGCCCAUACUGAAGAUAUUCAACUAUAUGUGGCUUCAGAACUAGAGGAACGGAUCAGUUCUGGAAGACUCAGAAUUAGGGAUGUGAGCCUUCGGGGCCAUAUUAUAGCAGAACUUGUCAAAGGAGCGAAAGGAAUGUUCCGAUGGGUGGCUUGUCAACUUGAUUACAUGUGUGAACUUCCGACAGAUGGAGCGAGGCGCAAGGCAUUAAAUCAACUUCCACCAACACUGCCGGCAACCUACGAGCGUAUCCUGUUGAAGGUGGAUACUCGGAGCGAGCAGGUGAAAUCCCUGGUGAAAAACAGCCUUCUUCUUAUCGCCCACAGAGAUCGUGACCUCAAAUCUCGCAUGAUUUGCGAGGCAGUAUCUACUUCUUUAAAUUGCACUAGAUUGGAUGCCGAUGAAAUAGUCGAAGACCAAGAAAUCUUGAGAUGGGUUGGAAGUUUGGUGCGGAGAUCCAACGACGGGGACCGUUUCGAAUUCGCACAUUUCACGGUGCAAGAGUUUCUUGAGACUAUUUGCCCCAGCCACCCUACUCUGAGCGCAUACAGCGUAUCUCAGGGUAGAAUUCACGGAUACCUGGCUUCUAUCUGCCUAAAAUAUUUGACCUUGGAGAAUUUCCUACCUUGUGGCCCGCAACCCACCCCUGAGGAUAUUAGGAAUCUUUCACGACUAAGAAACUCGCGACCGUUUUAUGCAUAUUCUGCAAUCUGGUGGCCAAGCAUUCUGCGUCAAGGCUCAGAUGAGAUCGAGGACAGUAUAAAUUUCCAACUCCAGGAAUUAUUUCACCCCCCCAAAACGAUUAAAUUUUGUCUUUGGGCAAUUGAGCUAGUACGGCACUGCUGCAUAUCCCUCAAGGUCAUGAAGCUACGGGACGGCUUCUUCAACGAUGAAGAAGAAGCUGCAGUCUACAUAUCAGCUCUACUCAGGCCAGACUUUACUCCGUUGCAUAUGUCAGCUGCCUUGGGAUUUCCACGACUUACAGAGCAUUUAAUCAACAUGGGUUGUAGUCCGAACGUGACUAGCAGGUUUGGAACCCCCUUGCAUUGCGCUGUUGGGGGCCUUUCCAUAUUUUAUAAACGCAGUGCAGGGAUCUUUGAACGCAGCUUGGGUCUACCGAAUGGUAAAGCAAGACGUGAUACAGUUCAGCUACUUCUCAAUGCUGGCGCUAGCCCAAUUCCCAGAUUUCAGUCAGAUUUUAGGUCUUCAGGUAUGCUCGGACUUUCCCCUCUCUUUUACCUCAACUCGCUGGAGAACUUUGAAAUUAUCGUCGAUCUUCUUCGCGCAGGCGCCAUUGUUGAAGACGACGACCUGGAAGUCUUCUCUGCCAUUUAUGACCGUGCUCGUGGAUGGUCUCGAGAGGCCGAGAAAAGGCAGGAAUGGAAUGAUGGCCAAAUUUUGAAAGAUUUGAUUGAAGCCCUUGGUGCCCCAACUGUGGAUGACGGGGCUCGAUUUCAAUUAUUCUCCAUGACAGUACAAUUUGUCGCAAGGCUGAAAGAUAUAACAACGGAUAAAAGGCCUCAAGAGGAAUCUGUUGAGGAAGAAGAUGUCAUCUCCAUCUCCUCUAUAAUUCGCAACAAUGAUGUUUCACCAUUAGGUCGAUUUCUCCAAGGCGGAAAUUUAGACUGGUUGGAAACUACAAUACCAGACGAGGGGGGAGAAGGGCUGAAGCCAAUUCAUUUGGCCACAUUGGAAAGAUCUCUAGAUGUUCUGGGUCUGAUACUUGAGAGCGGAUGCGAUGUCAACAGCUUGAUGGGCGACGGAAGACCGGCGGCAAAUUUAUGCUGGGAGGAUAAACGGGGGGAGUACCUCAGGCUCCUGUUAAAGUACGGGGCUUCUACUAUCAUCAAAGGGCGUGAUGGCAGAUCCUUAUGGCAUACUGCUGGCAUAGAAGACUCUUUAAUCAUCAUGGAAAUAUUGCUUCUAAGUGAGCAGCGGGAUCAAGGGUUACGGACGAUGUCCUGGGAAGGGCAGACUCCGAUCUGCGCUGCUAUCUCUGCACGUUGUUUCAGUUCUGCUCUUGUUAUGCUGCCCUACUGCAACACGAAAGAAUGCUGGAAAUCGAACACAUCAAUAUUUCGCGAUGCCAUAAUGCUCGGAUCUUCUACAAUCCUCAAGAAACUUAUCGAGGUUGGUGUUGAUUUGGACGGGGUGGACAGUGGAGGGUCGCCGCUUCAUUUUCUGCCCGAAUUCCCAGACCAAGAGUGUGUGAACCUGCUUUCCUCACUGUUUGACCUGAAUCAGAGGUCGUCUGUCAACCAAAGAAUUCCAUUUGAACAUUAUAUUUCUCGCACUCUAGGCCAAGGGGCCCACGCCAAUCCCGAGAUAUACAAAAUCCUUUUUCCACAAGAGGCGCUAAUACAAACUACGGAAUCAUGUCGUGUUUGGACAAACAUAUGCGAAAUCGUUGCUCUACCUAAGAAGUCCUUCAUAAUCGGAAUUUCUUGGGGAAAGGAAGUACUGGAAUAUCUCAUCAACAUGAAGGUUUUGGAAUUGUUUGAAACAGAACGGCAUUUGUCAGGCGUGGUUCCUCUAUGCGAUGCAUUUUUGCGUGCACUGGCGCAACCAGACUUCAAGGCGGAAUCCUGGAAUGGAUGUAUAUGCAUAGAUGGGACCUUCGGUAUACUAUCUGGCAUUUACUGGGAGUAUUUUUCAGCCAUGUUCAUGCUAGUUGUUGAGCAAACAACGCUACCAACAGCCAUUAUGGCCAAUCCCACCAUUCUGACAGCCUUCAAACACGCUAUCGCACAAAAUGAUUUGCCCUUGGUCAGACUGCUUCUGGAAAAUGACGCAGAGCUCCAUACUGAAGUGGACGGGCUGAGUGCAUUCGAAAUAGCCUGUAUGGGUAGCCUAUCCAAUGAUGUAUUUACCUGCAUCAUAGAGCACUCACAGGCUGGUUAUCUUCAAAAAGCAAACAAGGCCAAACUGGGGUGCGGGCCACUUCACUUUGCUUGUUCUCUACGAAGUCUUCCACAACACGAAGAGAGGAUUCGUGUGCAGAAUUUACGCAGCCUGCUUCAAAACAUUGAAGAUUGCGAUGUACCAAACUCGGAGCAGGCAGGAACCCCAUUGUUCUACCAUGUCAUGAGAGGUUCCAUAAGCACAGCUGAAGUUCUUGUCAAAGCGGGCGCAAACCCAUGGAUAACCUGUGCUUCUACGGGGUACAACUCGGUCAUGGCGGCAGUCCAUCAAGGAUUCUCAUGGGGAUUCAUUGAGAUUCUUACGCAGAAUGAGACCCACCCACCGCAGUGGAAAUACACGCGAAAAGAUGGAGAAACAGUUCUGCAUGUCGCCGCAGCAGUUGGCAACUGUGAUUGCCUGGAAGUACUACUAGACAAAGGCAUUGCUGGUCACUCGCAUACUCUCGACAAAUAUGAUAGAACACCUAUGCAUUACGCAGCAAAGUGCGGCCACACUGAAGCUAUCCGUAUUCUUGCCCAAAGGGGAGGGGAUAUUGAUAUGAAAUCAAACAAAGGCUUCACACCGCUGCACUUCGCAGCGGCAAAUGGUCAUCCAAGUACUGCGAGGCUUUUACUUGAAAUGGGAGCCAAGCAGUUUGAAUGUUCGAACGGGUGUACCCCGCUGGUAUAUGCAUACAUCAUAGGUAAUCCUGAUGUAAUCAAGAUGCUAACUACUCAAGCCGACGAUGUUCAAUCAGCGGGUCUAAUCACAAAACCAAAGGCACUACUUACGAUGGCAAAGGCUUUACGCGCUGCCGUAAUGAACGACGACUAUGUUGCAUGCGAGAGGCUCAAGAAUCUAGGUUGCCCAAUCGAUACAGAACUUGAGUUAUCAGGACAGUGCAUGACUCCCCUGAUGCUUGCGAUGUGUCAAGGGAAAAGCCCAAAGCUGAUAAAUUGGCUGAUUGAAAACGGCUCCCUGAUAUCUAUCGUCUAUGGAUACCCAAUAAAUGGUUAUCACUUUUCUGUUCUAGAUGUAGCGAUUACGAAUUCCGUUUAUGUUGGCUUUCUCCCGAAGCUGAUCAACGCCUUUAUUGCGGAGGGAGGCGAUUUACUCAGCCUGCCACAUAAUAUUCUCUUCAAGGCAAUUCGUCAUCGAAAACACGGUGCGUUGAAAAUCCUACUCGAGGAAGAUUUUAAAGACGUCGCCACCAUAAAUAAGUCAGCCCACGAGGCCCGGUCAGCGAUCAUUCGUCUUGUCAAUGAACGCAAUAAAACAAAAUUCUAUCAAAAGACUCCCCUCAUAGAAGCAAUUUUAUCAAGAGCUGUUGAUGCUGUGGAGCUUUUGAUACAAGCUGGAGCGGAUGUCGAGUUGGUGGACACACUUAACGGGAGCACGGCAUUGCACCACGCAACUCUCGCGGGAUCCGUAGAUAUAGUGCAGCUGAUUCUUGAUACCGAUUGCCUCGUUGAUGUACGAGAUAAGUGGCAGAAAACGGCCAUCGAUUAUGCCUUCAGUUGUGGUAACCUAGAUAUUGCCCGUCUACUGCUUCAAGCUGGUGCUCAAGUAACAUCGGAGAACAGCAUGCUGUUGGUUCAUCGCCGGUCUUUAGCUCACCUAUUCAACCACAACUAUUUCCGGACUUCCGGGUCUUUGGAUCUACAAGAUCCCCUACAUAUUCCAAAUACAAUGAAUAGCCGUGAGAUAUCCAACAUAACGGCAAAUAUUCCUAUCCUGCGUCGACAUAUGGGCCAUGUUAAGUUAUCAACUGUUCUGAACUUCCAUUCUUCUGGGAAGCACAACGUUUUGUGCCAAGCGACCAUCCUGGGCCUGAUGCAGGCAGUUAAAAUGUUGGUUGAAUUUGGAGCCGACAUUAACUAUCUAUGUGAGGAUCACGGUACUCCCCUAACAGUGGCGGUUCGUUUCCAACGGUUCAAAUUGUUCAAGUACCUUUUUCGGAACGGCGCAAGCACGGAUAGUGGCUCCAAACCACCUUCGAAUGUUCUUUCAAAUGCUGAUGGCAAAAUUCGUCACAUUAUUUUGGAUUGGGUACUCGUCACUCGGCACACUGAACAACGCCGGAUUACCUAUGAACAGUUGGAUGUGGACGAGAACAUUACUUGCCAUUGGGCAGGGGUGAAGACGGCUGUAAUAAGUAUGAAAUGGGGAUGGAAGAAACGUCGCUUCGAGUCCCUGCUUAAAUAUGCUUCUCGACUGCAAAACAUAAAGAGAUCGCUUCGAGGCAGAGUCGUCAGUCCCUUAGAGGUAAAUCUAUAG